CUCACAUUGACACAAGUUGUCUCAUUUUUUCUUCCUUAUUGAAGUUUCCUUCAAAGCCAAGAUCUGUCCUCUCUGUCAUUGCAUUGCACUUGCAUUUUGUGGGUCCCUUCUGUUUUGUCACACCAAGUAACUUACUUCAGAUUUUUCAGAGAUCUAAUCUUAGUACCAUUCUCAUGCAAAGUAACAGGAAUUACAAAUGGGAAAGAAAGGGAGUUGGUUUUCUGCAGUGAAGAAAGUUUUUAGUCAUGAUUCCAGAAAAGACAAGAAAAGCAAGAAAUCUAAGAAAAAAAGUACUGAAAAGGACUUAGAAGUGGAAACAGAAGAAGUACAAGUUGCUGUUCCACCAAUAGAAGAUGUUAAAUUGACUGAGGCAGAGAAUGAACAAAAUAAACAAGCAGUGUCUCUUGCUUAUGCCACUGCUGCGGCGGCAGGGGCUGCUGUUGCUGCUGCUCAGGCUGCUUUCGAGGUUGUUCGUCUCACGAGUAUGCCUCAUUACCCUACAAAGACUAAGGAAGAAUUGGCGGCUAUCAAGAUUCAGACAGCGUUCCGCGGAUAUUUGGCGAGAAGAGCGUUGCGCGCCUUGAGAGGUUUGGUGAGAUUGAAGACAAUGGUUCAAGGACAAUCUGUAAAACGGCAAGCUGACAGCACCUUAAGAUGCAUGCAAACUCUAGCAAGAUUGCAGUCACAGGUUCGCCAAAGGCGGAUUCGAAUGUCCGAGGAUAAUCAGGCUGUUCAACGCCAACUACAACAGAAACACGAAAAAGAACUUGUGAAGCUGCAAGCUGCCGUUGGAGAAGAUUGGGAUGCUAGCUUGCAGUCGAAGGAACAAAUCCAAGCAAAACUAUUGCAAAGGCAAGAAGCUGCCUUCAAAAGAGAGAGGGCUUUAGCCUAUUCAUUCUCACAUCAGCAAACAUGGAAGAAUUCUUCAAAAUCUAUAAACCAAACAUUUAUGGAUCCAAACAAUCCUCACUGGGGAUGGAGUUGGUUAGAGAGAUGGAUGGCGACUCGACCUUGGGAAGCCGAAAACAUCAUUAUGAAUCACAAUGAUCAUCCAUCUAUUAAGAGUUCAUCAAAGCCAAAUUAUAUUCUUCCUUAUGAUAACAAACCUUCCCCAGUUAGCCAAAAAUCAAGAAGGCAAACCAUUCACAAUUCUCCUUCAACUUCCUCAAAGGCAAGACCAUCAAACUCAAAGGGUGAAAGUAGUAUCGAUGACUCGAGAAGCAUGUUUAGCGCUCAAUCUGAACGGUAUCGAAGAUAUAGUAGCAUUGCAGGAUCAUCGGUAAGAGACGAUGCAAGCGUUGAAAGCUCGCCGGUGUUUCCUAGUUACAUGGCACUCACUAGUUCAGCAAAGGCAAAGUCUAGAGUAAUGCAAAAAACUUCACCAUCACCAUCUUCAAUUUCUGCAAGGAAGAGGCUUUCUUUCCCUGCUUCUCCGGUUGGUUCGAGACGGCACUCUGGUCCACCUAAGGUGGAAAUAUAAGAGUUAGCAAGUGUAGCAACCGACACUUCAGAUUGAAGAUGUCUCUGGUGUCAGACACCGACACAUGUCAGUUUCGUGUUUGGCGCAUGUAUCAGUGUCAAUACUUCAUAGUUGACGAUAAGCCUCUUUGAAUUAUCAAUUAAAAUUUAGUAAAUUAUAGGCUUUGAUAGUUGUUUUUCAUUUUGUUUUUAAGUUUUCAUUUUGUUUGUGUAUUAAGGAGUAAAGGUAUAGAAUAAUAAAAAUUGGCUUCUCACUGUUCAUACAGUUAGUUCUCUUCAUAAUCAAUGUACUCACAACUAGUUUAGGAGUUACACUAGUUUGUUUAAUGAAAAACUCAGGUUUGUGUUUGAUUUGUCA